AUGGAGAAUACCGUGGGCCUUCGUGAGUCUAUUUCCUUGGAUCCCACCAGCAAGCCACAUCAUGAUCUGGGGCUUACACUUUCCCCCGGGUCUCAGCCUCAGCUGGCGGUGCCCUUUUCCAACAACAACGAGGAGGAUGUGGAUGAUCUAGCCUCCCUGUUCGAGAUGGAUGACGACUUCGACCCAUUCAGCGACUUUGGUAAGCUCGCCCACCAAACAGAUCCAAAACAUGCCUCGAAGAAGCGCACCAGCGAUGCGGCAUUCGAAGGAGAUAUCGAGCUAUCUCCAAGCAAGAGACAGAACCAGGAGCAGCACGUCUCGGUGGCGGCAGAGACGUUCACGCAGCCACCCGAUAUUCACCCCACCAGUCGAGGCUCCAUUCCGUCUAUCCCAUCCCAUUCCCCUUUUCUUACAUCUGAAGCCCCUGCGUCAGCUAGCUCUACGAUCAAGAAUACAUUCAAACUCAACCAAGAGAGUUUGGCUCGCGUUGCAGCUGUCGAGGCUUUCGCUCAACGCAAGUCGAGUGCAAAGCACAUCUCGCCAUAUGCCCCUGUCGGGUAUUAUCCAUCAACACCUAAUCUACACUGCAUGAUUGGUGGAGAGACAGACUCGAAUGAAGCUCUCAAAAGCCGCCUGGACAGUUCCCGACGUCGCCUCAAUGUUGUCAUCGCCGAGCGGAACAAGUACCGUGAUGCCUUGCUCAAGUACGAACAGGUAGACCCUGAGACUGGCAUGCUGGGAGUUCAAAAGUUGGAGUCAGAAGCCCUACGGUUGCGUCGCCUGGCCUCGAAUCAUCGAUAUCGGAUGGACCAGCUCAAGGCAGAAGCUCAGGAGUGGAAAGAUAGAUACGCUGCCUUGGGAACGACUCACAAUUGCCUAAUUCGGGACUAUCAAACACUUCAAGCGACCACGUUCCCCCCACCCUCCACUGGACAGGCACCCCCAGAGGUACCCACGGCUGCCUUCACCUCACCUCCAAACAAUAUCCAAAGCAGCUACGAGCAAUUGUCCCAGGCAUUCAAUGUCUUGUAUGCUGCCUACCUUCGAGCGACCCGGCCCUCCAACUCAAAUACUUCCAUCCCCUCCCCGUCUUCUCCUCUUUCCAUCUCUUCUCCAACCCAAACCUUCAGAUCUGGCAACCAAAACUUCAAAGCCCCUACCUACCACUGUGAACAAUCUGAAAAAUCUCCUGACUCGGAUACCUGUUCACCACCUACUCAUACCUGCUUACCACCUACCGCACCACCUACUGUCUCAUCACCUACUCUCGCGCCGCCUACUCACUCACCACCUACCAACGCGCCACCUCUUCUCUCACCACCUACUCUUAUGGAAGAUCGUCCCACAGAUCUUCCCUCGACUCUUUUGGAAGACCUUCCACCAAAUCUUCCAACACCUCUUUCCGCUCCUUCUCCACCUGGUGAGCCCGCUACAAUGGCCACCAACUACACCAACUCCAUCCUCUCUAGCCCCCGCGGCUACUUGCCGCCAAUGUCCCCUGAGGAAGCGGCCAUCCUCCUACAGCAGGCCGGCAUCCCCUUCUUUCUGCCGUCCCGGAACCUUGUUGCUUCUCAUCAGGCAACGGGCCCCACCAUGACUACCACCUCGCCGCCUGCCACCGCCGCCAUCACCACCACCACCGCCGCCACCCCGCCUGCUCCUAAUGUGCCUCCCAAGGACAUCGUGGUCAUCGACCUGACCGGCGACUCAGACACAGAAGUGAGCCCCCAAGGAUCCCAUACCCAAUCUCCAACCCCCCUGCUGACCCAAGACCCUAGCCCGUUGACCGACUUCCGCCCCCGCUUCCGCAAGAAGAAGCUGACCUGGCUCCAUGAGAACAACAGCCAAGACGAGGACUACGAGAUUGCAGACUCGCUCUGCAAAACCCUCAAUUCGCGCAAGCGCAAGCGCAAACUCGGCAAGAAGUUCGUCGAGACCACCUGGGCACAGUGCUACGGGCACGUCCAAGCCAAGAAGCACGUGCGCUGGGUCCUGGGGGGGCCGUUGUCCCCGCUCACCUGUGUGCCCUCCUCUUCCCCGGUUGCCGCCGAGGGCAAUACUCCCUCACACAGCAUCACCGAUGACGAUGACUUUGAUGAGUUCGCUCGGAUGCUGGAGGAGCCCCUGGCCCGCGGCAAGACCCCGGAGGAGGAGGGUAUCGCCGCCAACAGCACCACCUCGCCCCCUUCGGGCCCUUCCUGCCCCGACAUCGAGGCCAAGAGUGAUACUCCCCCACACAGCAUCUCUGAUGACGAUGACUUUGAUGAGUUCGCUCGGAUGCUGGAGGAGUCCCUCGCCCGCGGCAAGACGCCGGAGUAG